AUGCUUGUGUGCAAAAGAUGUUCUCCAUCUGAUUGGAGAUUUUGUGUUGCUACAUUUUCGCAAAAUCAUUCAGUAGGCGAAAGAGGUGGUUAUAAAAAGGGGGGAGGUUUGGUGGACAGUGGGGAUUUGGCACCAUGUCGUACUUUAGUUGGUGAAGAUGAUGAUUCUCUCGAAAAAUUUAACUUUAAGAAAAAUGACAAAAUCUUAGUAAUGGGCAAGCCUUCAGCGUCUCAGGAGGAUGGAGGAUGGAAGAAACUGGUUGAGUAUGAGAAAAAAAACACGCCUGUCAUUGGCAAGAAGUAUGAUAAAAAUGAGGAAGAUCUAGCAGCUUUGGAACAGAAUUUUUUGGAAGGGCCGCUACGGAUGGAAGCAAUUAAGAAAAUGGAACGAAGGCUGAACCAGUUUACAGAAGAUUGUUUAAAAGAGUUAGAAUUUAUUGACGGUUUACAAAUUGUUUCAGAUAACACAUCUGAAGAACAGGCUCAAAGGAACCGUGAGAAGCGAAAACAGUUAAUUAAUGGAAUCCAGGAUCUCUUGAAUAGAAAUGAUAAAUUUGUGAACAGGCUACAGAACUAUCUCUAUAAAGUAGAACAUCCAGAUGAAGGUUUAUAG